AUGUACACCCAGUGGAAUAACCUACUUAACAAGCGGUCUGACGUGACGUGUAUGAACUUCUCAGAAAGUCGACAGCUGGUGCUCACGCUGCCUAUCACAGAGAGUAGUGAAACUGAAUUGGCUGAAAAAUACAGACAAGCGAAGGCCCAAGAGCUAGAUGUAGCUGGAAAUUAUCGGCUUGACUAUAAACGAGGUAACAAAAUAUAUACUUCAUUGUCUCGGCGUGAAUCAAGUGAUUGUACUUCUAUACCAGUAACUAACUACAAAUGUGUGGAUAUGCCUAUAGCCAAACACAGAGAAGAGAUAAUGUCUGUUAUAAAAAGCAAUUCAGUUGUGAUUGUACAAGGAGCAACAGGCAGUGGUAAGAGCACACAGAUUCCACAAUAUAUUUUGGAUUAUUGCAUUCAGCACUCUAUCUACUGCAACAUUGCUGUUACCCAGCCUCGGAAAAUUGGUGCCAGCAGCAUUGCCAGGUGGAUUAGCGCGGAACGAUCGUGGACACUAGGUGGAGUUGUAGGAUACCAGGUAAGCUUAGAGAAGAUUUCCACAAAGGAGACAAGGUUGCUGUACAUGACAACUGGAGUUCUUCUUCAGAAAGUAGUUUGUGCCAAAAGCCUAAAUGAAUUCACGCACAUUUUCAUUGAUGAAGUCCAUGAGCGUACAGUAGAAAUGGAUUUCUUGCUUUUGGUGAUCCGUAAACUGUUGUGUACAAACUCACAGUCUGUCAAGGUAAUAUUGAUGUCUGCUUCCAUCAACUGUAAAGAAUUUGCUGAUUACUUUGCAUUUCCAGUUCAUAACAGUCUGCAUCCAGCCUAUGUAUUUAAAGUGGAAGGCAAACCUCAUGCCAUCGAAGAAUAUUAUCUUGAUGAUUUGAAGCACACUGUUCCUUUCAAGCUUCCUCCUCAAACAAUUGAGGAACCUGUCAUAGAAAGGGAAAUGUAUGAAGUAGCAGUGUCUUUGAUUCAGUCAUUUGAUGAGCUGGAGAUGAAGAGCAAUGGGUAAGAUACAGUUCAAGACAUAGAAUCACGUGGAAGUGUGCUAGUAUUUUUACCAGGUGUGAAUGAAAUAAGCUACAUGCACUCAUGUCUCUCAAAUAAGUUUAACAAAAGGUGGCAAGUGUAUCCACUUCACUCACGUGUGACAUUAGAGGAACAAAGUAAUGUAUUUUUGCCUACAGUUCCUGGCUACAGAAAAGUUAUUCUGUCUACAAACAUAGCUGAGAGCUCUGUAACAGUUCCUGAUGUUAAGUAUGUGAUAGAUUUCUGCUUAACUAAAACUUUGGUUUGUGAUGAGGAAACUAAUUACCAAAGUUUGAGACUUUGCUGGGCAUCUAAAAUAAACUGUAAUCAAAGAAAAGGUCGUGCUGGACGUGUUUCCAAAGGGUACUGCUACAGGCUUGUAGACAAGGACUUCUGGACAGACUUUAUUCCAGAGAAGUCAGUACCUGAGAUACUGCGUUGUCCAUUGGGAACUACAGUCUUAAAAAUAAAAAAGCUUAAUAUGGGGGAACCAAAAGCCUUACUUGCAACAGCUCUUUCUCCACCCAGUGUGUGUGACAUUGAACGUUGCAUACUUGAGCUGAAAGAGCUGGGAGCGCUUACAACUUGUGUGCAAACAGAAGAAAAUCCACAUGAUGGUGAGCUGACUUUCUUAGGAAAGAUAUUGGAACAGUUGCCAGUGGAUCUGCAUCUUGGAAAAUUGAUAGUCCUUGGGCAUGUCUUCAGGUGCUUAGAAGAAUGCCUUAUUAUAGCUGCAGCACUCUCUUUGCGGAAUUUUUUGACAAUUCCUUUCAAACAGUGUGUUCAUGGACACAGGAACAAACUGUUUUUUUCUGAGAAUAGUAAGAGUGACUGUAUUGCAAUUGUGAAUGCAUUUAAGGCAUGGCAGGCCUGCAGACUAAAAGGGGAGCUGAGACAUCCCAAGAAAGAACUUGAGUGGGGUCAAUCAAAUUCUAUUCAUAUCAAGAGGAUCAGAGAGGUGGAAGUGUUAUUUCACUACUUAAAAGAGCGAGUCAGUGCAUUUAACAUGUUUGUUAAUGCACAACCAUCUACUAUGGAUGAGGAAUAUGUAUACAAACAGCGCUUCAUUUUGCAGGUUGCAAUAGCUAGUGCUUUCUAUCCAAACUACUUUACUUUUGGAAAAUGCGCUGAAGAAGUUGCUGUGAGAGCCCUUAAUGGCAAAGAUCCAAAAACGACUGUAAUG